AGAGAGCAAAGGAUAAGUGGGAGGAUGUCUGCAUCUGCUGCUGUUGUUCCGGAGGUUGUCCAAAUGGACGCCCUUGCUGCGCUUAAGAUCAUUCGGCAUUGCCAGGAGUCGCUCCCGCGGCUGGCUGGGGGACAGCUGCUGGGGCUGGACGUGGAGGCUACGCUCGAGGUGACCAACUGCUUCCCGUUCCCGCACGAGGACGACGAGGAGGAGGACUCUAUUUUCCAGUCGCGGUACUCGCGGCAUCAGCGGCGGAACGCGCUCAAGGAGAUGCUGGGGACGCGGCGGACGGACCUCGGCGAGUUUGUCAACAAGACCAUGCACUUUCUCAAGCUCGUCAACGUGGACGCCAACGCUGUGGGGUGGUACACGACGUCGAUUAUCGGGUCGAACCUGACGCAGAGCAUCAUUACGCAGUUUGACUACCAGACGGCGAACCCGGGCGCGGUGCUCAUUGUGUACGAUCCGCUGCGGACCCGCAAGGGCUCUGUCUGCCUCCGGGCCUUCCAGCUGACCGAGGCGUUCAUGACGCUGUUCAAGGGCAAGAAGUUCUCUGCCGACGACCUGCUGGACUCGGACCUGUCGUUCCGGGACAUCUACACCGAGCGGCCGAUCCGCAUCUACAACUCGCCGCUGGUCAACGCCUUCCUGCUCGAGAUGCAGGACUCGUUCCAGAACGUCGACGACGUGGUCUUUGACCGCUUCGACCUCGAGUCGGCUGUCUUCCUCGAGAAGAACAUGGAGUACCUCCUCGAAGCCAUCGACACCUUCAACCAGGGCCAGGGCAACUACAUCUACUUCAAGAACCGCGUCGCCCAUCGCGACGAGCAGCUCAAGCGCCGCCGCGCCGAGAACGAGGCCCGCCGCGCCGACGGCGAGGCGCCCAUUCCCGAGACCGACAUCCACAAGCGCUUUGGCUCGCUGCCGGACGUCUCGUCGCGCCUCGAGGCUCUGCUCGCCUCGUCCAACGUCAACAACUACGCCCUCCAGCUCCGCUCCUACGUCCACCAGUCGUUCACUCGCGUCUAUGCCACCGAGGCCAUCCAGUCGUGACGUUGUUAAAGCACGCUCCAGCAGAGCACGCCUCA